AUGGAAGAAGCAAAUCAGUCUGUGGUGUUUGAAUUCAUCAUGCUUGGGCUUUGUGAUUCAUGGGAGCUCCAGGACUUCCUCCUAGUGAUAUUUUCUUCACUUUAUUUGAUUACCAUUUUAGGCAACAUCUUCAUUGUGAUCAUAAUUAUCACUAACCUCCAUCUCCAUUCCCCUAUGUACUUCCUGUUAGCCAAUCUCUCAUUCAUUGACUUCUGUCUUUCCUCAGUCACUACCCCUAAAAUGAUCACAGACUUUCUCAAGGAAAAUAAGACCAUUUCCUUUGGAGGGUGUAUGUGUCAAAUUUUCUUUGGACAUUUCUUUGGAGGGGGCGAGAUGGUACUGCUUGUGUCAAUGGCCUAUGACCGUUAUGUGGCGAUCUGCAAGCCACUCCAUUACUCCAGCAUCAUGAACAGAUAUAUGUGCAUUGGGUUAGUGAUGACAUCAUGGAUUAUUGGCUUUGUGCAUUCAGCAAGUCAACUAGUUAUGAUUGCAAAGCUGCCCUUUUGUGGACCCAGGGAAUUGGAUAGCUUUUUCUGUGAUAUUCCAUUGGUAAUUAAGCUAGCCUGCAUAGACACCUACAUUCUAGAAAUGUUGAUAAAUGCUAACAGUGGGGUACUGGCAACCAUCUGCUUCAUUCUGUUGCUGAGCUCUUACUCUCAUAUUCUGUUUACUGUCUGCCUUCACUCUAAGGGUGGAGCAUCCAAGGCUCUCUCUACCUGCACUGCCCACAUCACGGUGGUAGUGUUAUUCUUUGGGCCUUGCAUCUUCAUUUAUUUGUGGCCAGUCAGUAUCCCCUGGGUGGACAAGUUUCUUGCUGUAUUUUAUGCAGUCAUCACACCUCUCCUAAAUCCAGCCAUUUACACCCUAAGAAACAAAGAGAUUAAAAAUGCCAUAAAGAGACUAGUAUGUUAGCAUUUAGAUUGCAGUGGGUAUUUCACUGUCUCACUCUAGAACGUUCACAGUAAUGUCCCUAACUUAGUCACAUCUGACCUGUUACUUUGAACUGUGAAACAUUACCUAGUUCACAGAUGUAGUCUCUAUCUCCAGAUGAAAGAUCUGUGUCGAUUCUACUCAAUUCCACAAUCAUUUAUUAAUCAUUCAAUGCUAAAUUAUUUCCUGUCUGGGAAAUCUGACCGGUCUUUAUGACUAUAAUUUUGACUGUGCUCAGGAUGACUUGAAAUUAAUUAAUGACAUUUAUUACUCUUGGUGCUGCUACUUCCAACACCCACUACCAUAUGCUGAAAUUUUCUAUUAUGCUACGCAUUUCUUUGAGCAAAGUAUGUCACAUAAGUCUUCUCUUAAUUUUUUUCAAUAAGCCAGUGAAUUAUUGCUAUCUUUAUUUUUACAAAUGGAUAAAUUAGUCUUUCAAUUAAUAAUCCCUCUACCUAACUCACCUGAAGAGACACCUAGAAAGGUAAUUGUUAAACAUUCC